GCCGUAGAAUUCACAUGAUCUUGUUCUAUUAGUGGUUUCAGGGCUGCCAUCCAUGGAGGGACUCAUGCUCCUCGACUCUGCCUUGAUCAUCACUUGAAUAAACGAGGAUGGAGACAACGGAAUGUUGCGUUCCACCUGGGUUCAGAUUUCACCCUACGGAUGAGGAGUUGGUUGGUUAUUACCUGAGGAAGAAGGUUGCAGCACAGAAGAUAGAACUGGACGUAAUAAAAGAGGUUGAUCUCUAUAGGAUAGAGCCAUGGGACCUGCAAGAAAGAUGCAGAACCGGAGACGAGGAACAAGCAGAGUGGUAUUUUUUCAGCCACAAAGACAGAAAGUACCCAACGGGAACCAGAACCAACAGAGCGACAAUUGCCGGAUUUUGGAAAGCCACCGGAAGGGACAAGGCCAUCUAUGAUAAGCUCCGGCUAAUCGGGAUGCGCAAGACUUUGGUGUUCUACAAGGGCCGGGCUCCCAAUGGGCAGAAGACCGACUGGAUCAUGCAUGAGUACAGGCUAGAAACAGAUGAAAAUGCGCCUCCGCAGGAGGAAGGAUGGGUAGUUUGCAGAGCAUUCAAGAAACGGACCAACUGUCAAACAAGGAGUACUGAACCAUGGGAUGCGUGCUAUUUUUACGAGGACCAUGGUGGAUUCAACAACGUUUCGGAUUCUCUUGACUUUCUCCCAAUCCAUAGGCCACCGCCAACGUGUAAGCUAGAGCUUGAAGUUCCAAAUCCGAACUACAGUCUUGCAGAGGAGUUUCUGCAGCAGCCCCAUAUAGAUAAUCCAACGAUUCAGUCAUUCAGCAGACCAAUAUUUCCAUCCAUGGCAGAAAAUGAAGGUUCCCCGCAGCUUUGUUAUGGAGGAGGAAAUCAAGAUAUGGAUAAAGGAAAAGUGACAGACUGGAGAACACUGGACAGGCUAGUAGCCUCACAGUUGAGUCAGGAAGAAAGGUAUGAUGGUAGAGGUGAAGUAUGUGAAUUUGGUAUACAAGAGAACAAGGAACUAGGGUCGCUUCUUUUGGAGAGCGUGAAGGGGGUACAAGGGCAUGAACUUGAACAUGGGUUGCUGGAUUCAGUUCAUGGAUGUGAUGUUGGCCUCUGUGUGUUUGAUAAGUGAGUGUCAUCUUCUGCUCGAAGAAGGAGAAAAGAUGUUGCAGGCGAUGUGUAUCAGUUGGUGUGUUAGUGCAUAAAUGGCUGCUUGGCUUUGGUUUUUGUGUAGGAAAAACGUACUAAGGUUGUAUUUGAUCAGAGAGUUGGUACGCAAGGAAAAUGGAGAGCAUGGCUUCGAAGAGAUUAGAUUGUAUGUGCAUAUGCCCCAUGCAUGCUUAAACCUGUACGUGUAUUUUACAUGUGCUUCAACGACAUCAUAAGCUGGUUUCUGUGGAAUUUACUUUCAAGUGAAAACGCUUCAAAAUUGCUUAUGAAGAAGAUGGUGCAGAAGCGAAUUUAUA